UCCCCUAGGCCUCACGCCUUUUGUUCUUCCUAUCAAAACAGAGUUAAUGAUUUCUCAGAGGCGUCGUUACUCCGCAGAUAAGGAUGCCAUCUGUAGGUCAGUCGGAUGGGUCCCCGAGAGCUGAGGGCUCCCUCCGCGAGCUGGGGCAAGCCGCCUGCUCUCAAAGGCGAUGUCCCCAACCGCAAAAGGGGGGUUGAUAACAACGCCUAGCGGCUCGGGCGUCUGUGAGGGCGGUCCCACAUGCGCACCGUUCAGAGUGCCUGGCUCAGAGCUCUCGCCUGCACCCAUGCCACUCGUUGCUGUCAUGGCCAUGACUCCGGAUGAGAAGCCGGGAAAGUUGAGCCGACUGACGGUAAAUCAGCGGUUCUCGACUUGGCCGCGUGUCGGGAUCACCUGGGGGAACUCAAAAAAAUACCCCUGCCUGGGAGAAGAGCCACCCCUGGGGGUUGCGGCUUCGUUGGUGGGGGUUGCAGUCUGGGCAGUGGAUGUAGCAAAGCUCCCAAGUGAUUCUAAUGCGCACCCAGGACUGAGAGCUACGACCCUGAACAGUUUGCAAAUGAGAUGUUCUCGCAGCUCUGGUCUACGGCUGCAGAACGUUCUUUUAGGAGAGACUGCUAGAAGGUCUUAAAGCCAACCAGAUUCCCUGUACCUUCCUUAUAAAGGUCAUGUUGAACGUGGGGGCCGUUCAAGGCUCUCCCAGCGUCUGCACUUGUCCGGGGUCCCCAAGGGUUUGGAACCUGAUAAAAGCGAGGUUCCCUGUGACGUGUGCAUGUUUCUCAUAAAGUUCUACAUGCAGAAAUUUGGCUUCAGCGACAAAGAAAAGGAAAGCAAACUUGUUUGAACAAAAGGAGUUUCUCUUCCUUCGAGCCACGCCAGCUUGUAAGCCUCCACAAAGCAGGGAAGGCAGCUCCUCCUUUCGCUCGCAGACACUGAUAGACUCCGUGCCUACCAGAGUGGUUCACCGUCAAGACAAACGGCGUGCACUCCCUGGCCAGGAGUCCUAAGCCCUUAAACUACCUGCGGUCCACAUCGAAGCUCCAGGAUAUGCAGAACUUUCUCGCAGCACCCGAGCCACCACCAUGAGGACCUGCCUGCGGAGACCCAGUCGUCUGGGCCAAGCGGUCCAAUGGCUCUUGCUUUUGGCCGUGUUGAUCUCCUUAUUCUUUGUCCUGCCCUCCCUUGUUAAGGAACCCGACACGAAACCUUUCAGGCGUCAGCACAUGGAUGACGAGGAGAGAUCUUCAGGGUCGCCACACAAGUCUGCACAGCAGGCUCCCCCACGGGAAGGAAGGACAGCGGCUCCUGCAUCAUCGUCCGCGCGAGGGAACAGCGUGCAGGUGCCCCCGGCCCAGGCCACAGCCCACCCUGCCAAGGGGGACAUCAGAGAAGAGACCGGUGGGGCCACCUCGACUGGGCCGGCCCCACCGAGGGGUCGAAAGAGGAAGGACACCGUGCUGGACACGCGGCCCCCGAGGGCACGGGAUGGGGGAGUGGCCUCAGAGGCACUGUCACUGAGGAGCCAGGACGCGAGGACAACCAAAGGAAGGCAGGACCAGAAUGGGGAGCCCACGGCCACCAGGACGGUGCCCUCGAAGCCUCGGGCCAAAGCGGCCACCACGGCAAGGACACCUGUGCCAGAAAGCCAGGCCGAGGCGCUGACCACCCCGGGAGCAGGGCCACUGAAAGGCGUGGCCUCGGCCGUGAUGCCCCGCCGGGAGACACCCCGGGCCAAGCCACCCUCCACCCCUCGCCAGGCCCGCACCACACAGAGAAGCCGAAGUCUGCGGGCCGCCAACUUCAAGUCUGAGCCCCGGUGGGAUUUCGAGGAACAAUACAGCUUUGACGUGGGGGCCCUACAGACGACCUGCCCCGACUCAGUGAAGGUCAAGGCCUCCAAGUCACCCUGGCUGCAGACACUCUUUCUGGCCAACCUCACCCUCUUCCUGGACUCCAGCCACUUCAACCGGAGUGAGUGGGACCGUCUGGAGCACUUUGCGCCACCGUUUGGGUUCAUGGAGCUCAAUUAUUCGUUGGUGCAGAAGGUCGUGACCCGCUUCCCUCCGGUGCCCCAGCAACAGCUGCUCCUGGCCGGUCUCCCCGCCGGGAGUUCCCAGUGCAUCACGUGCGCCGUGGUGGGCAACGGGGGCAUCUUGAACAACUCUCACGUGGGCCGGGAGAUAGACAGCCAUGACCACGUCUUCCGACUGAGUGGAGCGGUCACUAAGGGCUACGAACAGGAUGUGGGCACCCGGACGUCGUUUUACGGCUUCACUGCCUUCUCCCUGACCCAGUCGCUUAUGGCCUUGGACGGUCAGGGUUUCCGGCACGUGCCUCUGGGGAAGGACGUCCGCUACCUGCACUUCCUGGAAGGCACCCGAGACUAUGAGUGGCUGGAGGCGAUGUUUCUCAAUCAGAGCCUGGUGAAGACUAGCCUUUCCUGGUUCAGGCACAGGCCCCAGGUGGCUUUCCAGGGAGACCCGCCAUGGGACAGAUACCUGCUGCUGCACCCCGACUCGCUGCGGUACAUGAAAAACAGGUUCCUGAGGUCCAAGACCCUGGACACUGUGCACUGGAGAAUCUACCGCCCCACGACCGGCGCCCUCCUCCUGCUCACAGCCCUUCAGCUCUGUGACCAGGUGAGUGCCUAUGGCUUCAUCACCGAGGGCCACGAGCAAUUCUCCGAUCACUACUACGAUAAGUCCUGGAAAAAAACAGUCUUUUACAUCAACCACGACUUCCAGUUAGAGAGAACGCUCUGGAAGCGGCUGCACGAUGAAGGUAUAAUCCAGCUGUACCAGCGUUCCGUAACUUCCAAACCAAAGAUGUGACUGGAGCCUGAUCAGCAGCGGUCUCCUCGGCCUUUCCGGGGCACGGGGCAGGGUGGGGGGGUGUUGAGGCCUUCCGCCAUUUUCCCGGGGCUCAGUUUGGGCUCCAAGCCCCUCCAGACACCCCCGGGGACCACUGAGGAGAGACUCCCAAGAUGGCAAAUGACUGAGGUUUUGGAGACCUCGGAACAUCGCUACGGGUUCCGUUCAAAGGGAGGAGGAGUCCGGUCUGGAGACCAAGGAAUUUGAACGAAAUGGCGUGAUGACUGGUCAAUACCACAGAUCCCUGCUGAAAUUCACCCUUCACUGUCCAGAAGAUGCUUGACACGAGGGGAAGAAGCCUGAACCUACGGACGCACGUCGAGUUGGCCUUUUUUUGGUGUUUUCCCUGAGUAGGCUUUACACCCAAUGGGCGAGGAGCCCAUUGAGGGGCUUGAACUCAUGACCCUGAGAUCAAGACAUCUGCUGAGAUCGGGGCACCCGGGUGGCUCAGUCGGUUGAGCGUCCGACUUCGGCUCAGG